AUGCAACAACUCGAAUGCGACAAUCUACUUUCGACAUUGACGGCAGCCAUGCAUCUGCAGAGACACGAUCAAGUUAUUGACACAUCGCAACUCGCUGUUGGCGAUCUCAAACACCAGCUUGUACAACUUUUAUACGCACGCUCAGACUCGCUUAUUGCACUCAACCAACUGGAAACAGCCCUUGAAAAAGCUCUCUUGGAUCCUGCAUCACCUAUGGGUCCCCUUCGCAAAGGUUUGAAUCAUGGCUGUAUUGAGGAAUCCAAAGAUACGAUUCAUGCCUAA